AUGGCCAUGGUGGUGGCGGAGAUGUGCCCCAACCUCACAACCCUCGACUUGUUUAGCUGCUCCAACAUCACCGAUGCGGCAGUGGUCGCCCUCGCCGGUGGCUGCCCCAACCUCACAUCCCUCCGCUUGGACUACUGCUCCAACAUCACCGAUGCGGCAGUGGUGGCCGUGGCCGGCGGCUGCCCCAACCUCACAUUCCUCGACUUGUACAACUGCUCCAACAUCAUUUUAUGCGGCAGUGUGGUCGCCCUCGCCGGUGGCUGCCCCAACCUCACAUUCCUCGGCUUCGGCAACUGCUCCAACAUCACCGAUGCGGCAGUGGUCACCCUCGCCGGUGGCUGCCCCAACCUCACAAUCCUCCUCUUGGGCAACUGCUUCAACAUCACCGAUGCGGCAGUGGUCGCCCUCGCCGGUGGCUGCCCCAACCUCACAACCGUCCGCUUGGACAACUGCUCCAAGGUUACCCUCGACUUGGGUCGCGCGCGCACUACCAUCGCCCAACCAGACUUCCCUGCAUCGCAGCACGCCCAUGCAUUGCUUGACGUUGCUCAGGCCCAUGUGCCCCAUCCGGUGCAUGCCAUAGACCGCUGUAACCUCCUCUCCCUCGGCGCGCUCAACACGCUGCUUGCCAACGGCGCAGACCUCUACGAUCUCGAUGAUGACAACAAGCACGCGUAUGUGCAUUCGCCCGCAUCCUCUGCGCCGGUCUUUGUCGACCUCAUGAUCGAGUCGCUGCAGGCCAACGCUGACGGCGCCACCAAGCUCGCCAACGGCAUCAACAAGGCCACCCUCGCCCUCUUUGUCGCCCUCCGCGCCUCACCGACCGUCCCGAUCUCAGCCGACAUCGUCUCCGAGCUCGUCACCGCUGGUGCAGACGUCAACGCUGUUGAACCCACAUUCAAUACGCCCGUCAUUCAUGUCGCGGCUGCCAACACGGAGCACGGUGCCCUCAAGGCUCUCCUCGAGGCAGUCGCCGCCCUGGAUGUCGUCCUCGACCAGUCUGCCGUCGACGGAAACGGCGCCACUGUGCUCGACACCAUUAUCGCCGCGAACCAGCUGACAGCUGAGGCUAUGGCCGAGCUGGGCGGAGUUGGUCUCGAUCCCUUCACGCUGCAGCCGGACAACACGCACGUGUACGUAGCUGCUCCCGUGGAGCGAUCUCCAGCGUUCUCAUCUGCGAUGGUUGCCUGGAUCCGCGAGCAUGGCGACGGCGCCACCGAGCUAACCAGCGGCAUCAAUAAGGCCACCCUCGCCCUCUUCAUCGUCCUUCAUGCCGCAGACACAAUCCCGUUCUCCAUCCCAGUCUUCACCUUCCUCAUCAACUCCGGCGCCGACAUCAAUGCCCUCGAGCCGUCCCUUGAACUGCGCCCGCUCCACAUCGCUGUCUCGCCCUCCAACAUCCUCGCAACCAUGGCACUGCUCGCCGCGGGUGCCGAUGUGUGGGCUCUCGGGACCAACGGCGAGACGGCCAUGUCAAUUGCCUCGGCUGUGCUCAACAAGCCUGGAAGCGACACCAACGCGGCUGCAAAAGAAGUCUACAACCUCAUCGUUGGUACAAGCUCUAUCCCGGAGCGUGUUGCUGACCACGUCCGUGAGACCAUCGCUGCUGGUGGCGACAUUGGCGGCGGUGCAGGCGCCUCUGCUGGGUCCUCCACUCGCGUGGACAAACUCGAGGCCGAGCUCGCCGACACCAAGGCCGAGCUCGCCGACACCAAGGUCGAGCUCGCCGACACCAGGACCGAGCUCGCCGACACCAAGGCCGAGCUCGCCGAUACCAAGGCCGAGCUCGCCGACACCAAGGCCGAGCUCGCCGACGUCAGGGAUCACGUCACCAUCGCCACGGGCAACAUCGCCGCCCUCCAGGCCGACCGCGCCAACAUCCUCCAGCACGUCGACAAGGCCAUCACCAUCUUCCAAGCACGCCGCUAG